GUUAAAAACUAAAUUUAGAUUCGUUCAAAGUAACAACAUGGAGUCGGUAGCUAUUUAGCUGUGUUGUUGUCUGUGUCCUUUUCUUUUGGGGGAGGGUUUUUUUUUUUAACCUAGUGGGACAACCAUAUGGACUAUGUGACUGUGUGACACCCGGAGAAGCGUUAUAGCGGUCCAUGAAGAGCCGUCUAUCCGUCGGUAGUCCUCCUUCUGUCCGGCCGAGUGGACUUGAUGAACCCCGGUCCGUCCCACCCUGACCCGACAACACAAACAAGGUCAUGGACUUCCCGGGCCACUUCAACCAGGUCUUCCAGCAGCUGAACUACCAGCGCGUCCACAGCCAGCUGUGUGACUGUGUCAUUGUGGUGGGCAGCCGCCAUUUUAAGGCCCACCGCUCGGUGCUGGCGGCUUGCAGCACUCACUUCAGAGCCCUGUUCACCGUCGCCCAGGGAGACGCCAGCAUGAACAUGAUACAACUGGACAGCGAGGUGGUGACAGCGGAGGCGUUUGCUGCCCUGGUGGACAUGAUGUACACCUCCACCCUGAUGCUAGGAGAGAGCAACGUGAUGGACGUGCUGCUAGCUGCCUCUCACCUCCACCUGAACGCCGUAGUCAAGGCCUGUAAGCACUACCUGACCACCCGCACCAUGCCCAUGUCCCCGCCGGCAGACCACCGGGCCACACAACACCGCCAACACACCCACGCAGAACAGCAGAGACUCAGGCAGCAGCAGCAGGCAACCGCCGAGUUAGCCGCUAACGCUAACCUAGCCGCUAACGCUAACCUAGCCGCUAAGGCUAACCAAGAGGCUAACCUAGCGGCUAACGCUGCUACGUCCAGGCUCCAGCGGUCGUUCCUGCUGCAGCAGCUGGGUCUAAGCCUGGUGAGCUCUGCCCUGGGCGGGGUGGAGGAGGAUGGGCUAAGGGGUGGUAGCGAUGGUGUUAGCAUUAGUGGUGUAGUGGAGCACAAAGCUUCCUUCCCCAUUCGACGUUUCCACAAGAGAAAGCCCUCCCUGAGCUUUAGCCUAUCUGAGGACAGGCCCAGGCAGAGGCCCCGCCCCUCCGGAACACACGGGGAUGAGGAAGUGGGACUACUCUCCCCCGACUCCCACAAGACUGGGGAGGAGGCCAGACUGGACGCGGCGAUCACCAACCUAGUAGGGGGCGUGUCCCAGGAUGACUCCCAGAUGCCCAGCCAAUCGGACGGCGGACGCUGCGAAGGGGAGGAGCAAGGGAUGGCGGAGGAGGGGGGUGUGGGGAAGGAGUCCCUGGAUGGAGGGAGUCACCAUGGUGAUGGGGUGGAGGUGAAGAUAACGGAGGAAGAGGAGGAGGAGGAGGAGGAAGUACGGGAGCAACAGGGACAGGUGGUGGUCAAGUGUGAGCCUCUGAGCUCCCCAGAGCCAGCUGACUUCCAGCCCAGUUCCCAGCUCCUGCUCAAAGGAGGUCUUGGUAGUGGGAUUGGCGGUGGUUUUGGCUGUAGUAACCAUCUUGAUGGGAAGUCUGGUUUAGAUUUCAGCUUCCUCGGCGCCAAGGUCUUUGGAAGCGGGGGUCGGGGGUCGAUGCCGGGGACGACGACCUCCUCAUCGGCAACCACCUACACCUGCUGGGUGGCGACUACUUCUCGGGGGAUUCUCUACAGGCGCCGAUUCGCUCUUCCUGGUCCCCUGCAUGACGGUCUGGGAAACCCCAGAGGAGGAGGAGGAGGGUUCCCAGAUCCGUUUUCUCUGGACUUCCAGCGCUCCAGCCUGGGUCUGCACUCCUGGCCCGAGCCUCUCGAGGGAGCUCCUGGGCUUCCUGGAUACCGCCGCAUCGCACCUAAAAACGACAACGUGGCAGGAGGAGGAGGAGGAGGAGAAACGGGUCUGGGGAAGGGGGACCCUGCUUCUGAAUGGUUCGGGAGGUUUAGUCAGGCCCACCCACCUCGUCCUCAUCCGCCCCCACAACCUCGCCCCCAGCUGACCCGUGCCUCUGCCGACGUCCUCUCCAAGUGUAAGAAGGCCCUGUCCGAACACAACGUCCUGGUGGUGGAAGGAGCCAGGAAGUACGCCUGUCGAAUCUGCUGUAAGACCUUCCUCACUCUGACCGACUGCAAGAAACACAUCAGGGUCCACACUGGGGAGAAACCGUACGCCUGCCUCAAGUGUGGCAAACGUUUCAGCCAGUCGUCUCACCUGUACAAACACUCCAAGACCACGUGUUUACGUUGGCAGAACAGCAACAUGGCCGACGCACUGAUGUAGAUGCUUCGGAGGGGAGGGGGAGGGCAGAACAGCAACAUGGCCGACGCACUGAUGUAG